UCUUGAAAGCUGACAAAAAAAAAAAGGCCGAAUUAAAUACAUUUCAAGUCCGUCCCUGACUUUUCAAUGAUAAGGGAAGAACAUAACAGGGAACCCGAGAGAAAACAGUAGCUUCAAUCUCCACCGUCGGAUAAACAAACGGUGAGAUUUCCCCGCAACUCGGUUGCAAACCGCCGCCGUGGAUGGGCCAGACAGCCUCCACCGCCGCCGUCCCUCGCCGCCGCGAAACAGAUCACAGCCAUCGGUCCAGGCACACAUCGACGGUCUCAAUCUCUCCGAUGCACGCCAGAGAGAACGAAUCGCAGAUUCACGAUGUCAUCAUCGACGACGACGUCUUCUCCGACUACAUCUCGAACCUUCCUGACGAGUGCUUGGCUUCCAUUUUCAUGUCCCUGGGUUCCGGCGAUCGGAAACGGUGCUCUCUCGUCUGCCGCCGGUGGCUUGGGGUGGAGGGACAGAGCCGCCACCGUCUCUCUCUCAACGCCCAGUCCGAUCUGCUCUCGAUGAUUCCAGCUCUCUUCUCUCGAUUCGAUUCGGUGACCAAACUCGCUCUGAAAUGCGAUCGCAGAUCUGCUAGCAUCAAAAAUAGAAAGAAGGAAAUGUUGCUCCGGUGCCGAAAUCUGACUCGUCUCAAGCUCCGUGGUUGCCGCGAAUUGACCGAUGCAGGUAUGGCGGUUUUCGCUAAGAAUUGCAAGGGUUUGAAGAAGCUAUCGUGUGGAUCUUGCACGUUUGGGGCCAAAGGUAUGAACGCCGUGCUCGAUAAUUGCUCGUUGCUCGAGGAAUUAUCGGUGAAGCGACUCCGUGGCAUCACCGAUGGAGCAGUGACGGAGCCAAUCGGGCCUGGUGUCGCGUCUCUCAAAACAAUAUGCUUGAAGGAGCUUUACAAUGGCCAGUGUUUCGGUUCCCUUAUUAUCGGAUCGAAGAAUUUGAGAGCGCUCAAGCUUUUCAGGUGCUCUGGCGAUUGGGAUAAGCUUCUUGAGGUGAUCGCCGAUCGAGUCACAGGUAUGGUUGAAAUUCAUCUCGAGAGGCUUCAGGUUAGCGAUGUUGGUCUCGCGGCGAUAUCGAAUUGUUUGAAUCUUGAAAUCCUGCACCUUGUGAAGACGCCUGAAUGCACAAACAUAGGGCUUAAAUCGGUCGCAGAAAACUGCAAGCUUUUACGGAAGCUUCACAUUGAUGGAUGGAAGACGAAUCGGAUAGGCGAUGAUGGUCUAAUAGCUAUUGCCAAACACUGCCCUAAUCUUCAAGAGCUGGUUCUGAUCGGUGUUAAUCCUACGAGAUUAAGUUUAGAAUUAUUGGCUGCGAAUUGCCAAAAUCUAGAGCGGUUGGCAUUGUGUGGAAGUGAGACUGUAGGCGAUGCAGAGAUUUCUUGCAUUGCUGCAAAAUGCACCGCAUUGAAGAAGCUCUGUAUCAAGGGCUGUCCUGUGUCGGAUCACGGCAUGGAAGCACUUGCAGGUGGAUGCCCCAAUUUGGUAAAGGUGAAGGUCAAGAAAUGCAGGGGAGUGACUUGUGAAGGUGCAGAUUGGUUGAGAGCAAGUAGGGGAUCACUGGCUGUCAAUUUGGAUACCGGUGAACCUGAACAUCAGGAUGCGAGUGCUAGUGAUAAUGGUGCACUUGAAAAUGGUUUAGAAAUGCCACCAGUGGCUGCCCAAGGUGGGGCUGCUAAUGCUGCAUCGAGUAGUUCUGGUCGAUCCACGUCAUUCAAGGCAAGAUUAGGCCUUAUUGCAGGGAGAAGUUUAGUGGCUGGCACUUUCAGAAGGUGGUCAAGCUUUAGCGGCAGUUCCCGCAAUAUAUCUAGGGAAGGAAACUAAAUAGAACUUGAGAAGAAAAAAAGAAAAAAAAAAAACUUUCUUGAUCCCUUCUUAAUUUUUUUAAAUUGUAUUUAUCUGCUUCUAUCUUCGGUGUAUUUUUUUGUAUUUAAUUUCGUGUGUUGUUUAUUGCCUUCUAAAUGGAAUCUUCACAGUUGAGCGUGGUUUUGAAUCUUCA